AUGAAAGAUUCUGAACAUGACAAAUUGAUUUCUAUAAGCAGCAGUUCUCUAGUGAAGCUUAAUAAUGGAGGUUACCAGGAUAUUGUUAUUGCCAUCAAUCCGGCAGUACCCGAAAAUCCCCAAAUCGUUCAAAAUUUACAGAACAUGGUAAAAGAAGCCACAAGUUAUUUGUUCUCUGCUACGAAGAACAGGCUCUUCAUAGAAAGCGUCAAGAUCCUAAUUCCAAUUACCUGGAGAAAAAACUCCACCUAUCUCAAAACGAAAACUGAAACAUACGACAAGGCUGACAUCAUUGUUGCCAAACCACACCUGAAGAAUGGAAAUGACCCAUACACCUUACAGUACGGCCAGUGUGGGGAAAAAGGGGUUUAUAUUCAUUUUUCCCCUGAUUUCCUGGUAGAUGAUCAACUACUGUCAGUAUAUGGACCCAGAGGAAGAGUCUUUGUCCAUGAGUGGGCUCACCUCCGAUGGGGGGUCUUUGAUGAAUACAAUUCACUAUCUCCAUUUUACAUUGCUAAUAGUGGUGACGUAGAAGCCACAAGGUGUCCUGUAAGACUUCAAGGUGUUUAUAUGAAAGAACAAUGUACAGGAAGCAAAUGUGAGUGUAAAAGGGACAUAGACACGGGACUGUAUGAAGAUGGAUGUGUAUUUGUUCCUGAUAAAAAUGUUGCUUCCAAACACUCCAUAAUGUAUCUGCAGGCCAUGCCUAGUGUAUCUGAAUUUUGUGAUGCUCAGAGUCACAACACAGAAGCUCCAAAUUUACAAAACAGAAUGUGCGACUAUCACAGUACAUGGGAGAUCAUCGAGAACUCAACCGAUAUCAAGAAUGCCUCAGUAUCAUCCAAUACAAAUGUUCCCGAACCCAUCGUCACUCUUCUUCAGGCAUCAGACAGGGUGGUCACCUUAGUGUCUGAUGUUUCGGGAAGUAUGAGCGCAAGUGAACGGGACUUAAGACUGGUCCAGGCUGCAGAAGUUUUCAUCAUGCAAAUAGUUGAGGACGGAUCAUUUGUUGGACUUGUGGAGUUUCAUAAUUCUGCUACCGUCAUUUCGCCCCUGGUGCAAAUAUUCAGUUCCGUCCAACGUGAGAAACUAAAAAAUCUUCUAAAAAGGAAAGCAAACGGAGGAACAAACAUAUGCGAUGGCAUUCGGAAAGGUUUUGAGGUAAAUAAAGGAACCAGUGACAAGUCCACAUAUGGUACUGAAAUAGUGUUACUGUCAGAUGGAGAGGAUUCCAGCUUUCCAUCGGUUUGUUAUAAUGAGAUAAUAAACAGUGGAGCCAUCAUUCAUGUCAUCGCUCUUGGACCCAGUGCGGCAGCCGCUCUUGAGAAAAUUGCAGAUGAGACAGGCGGCUCAAAGUUUUUUGCUACAGACAAUUUUAAUGCCCAAGGAUUGAUUGAUGCUUUUACUUCGAUCUCAUCUGGGACUGGGGACAUCAGCAAACAGACGAUUCAGCUGGAGAGCACGGCUUCAACGCCUAAAACUAAAGAGUGUUUAAACGGCACAGUUUUUAUCGAUAAAACGGUGGGGAACGACACUUUCUUCCUGGUCACUUGGCAAUUUGCAGUCCCCAACAUUAACUUGAAGGAUCCAAAAGGAAGAGUGUAUACAGCAGCGGAUUUUAAAACUGAGACGGCCACCAAAUCCUCCAGACUAGAAAUUCCAGGAACUGCUGAGAGGGGACCCUGGCAUUACAGUCUGUGUAACGGUUAUUCAUCAUCUCAAGCGGUAGGAAUAGUUGUAACCUCUAAAGCUGUGGAUGAAAAUGUUCCUCCUGUAGUCGUAAAUGCCCAUAUGAAUCAAGACACCAUUAACUACCCCAAUCCUAUAGUGGUCUACGCCUCUGUUAGUCAAGGGCUAGUGCCCGUAUCGAAUGUAAAGGUUACCGCCAUCAUUGAAGCAAGUAGUGGAAAAUCGGAGACCUUAGAGCUUCUGGAUAAUGGAGCAGGGGCUGAUAUUGCCAUGUACGAUGGCAUCUACUCCAGGUACUUUACAUCUUUCUCAUCUAGUGGAAGAUACAACCUAAAAGUUCGCGUUGAAAGCAGCAAAAAUAAGGCUCGGUUGGUAGUACCCCGGAAUCGGGCUCUGUAUGUGCCAGGCUAUGUGGAGAAUGGAGUGGUCACCAUGAAUCCACCAAGACCUGUAAUCGAGGAAGAAGAACUUGUUGUGGACACAUUUAGCAGAACCGCAUCAGGUGGAGCUUUUGAGAUAACUAAUAUACCAGCUACACUUCCGACAGAUAUUUUUGGACCAGAGAAAAUAACAGACCUAGAGGCAAAAAUAGUGGACGACAUUGUUGUUUUAGCCUGGACAGCCACCGGUGAUGACCUGGACCGGGGAAUUGCUACGAGCUAUGACUUGAGGAUGAGCGUUAACCCUAAAGACCUUAGAGACAACUUUAAUGGAGCAACUAAAGUGAACAUUUCUAUUAUCACUCCACAAGAAGCUGGGAAACGAGAAACAUUCUCAUUCGCGCCAAAAAAUGUUAUUAUAAAAAAUGGGACCAUUCUUUUCUUUGCUUUAGUCGCAAUUGAUAAAGUGGAUAAAAGGUCAGGUGUGUCUAACAUAGCCCAAGCCGCUCUUGUCCUCCCACCACCACCGGCUCCGACAACACCGUCUCCGACAACACCGACUCCGAUAACACCGGGUCCCACAACAAGACCUGCAGAUGAGAGGAACAUAACCACAAUGACAUUGAUAGUAUGUUCUACCGUCAUCCUUAUCUGCAUCAUUAUAAGUAUCACUACCUGUAUCGUCAGCUGCCAGAGGGAGAAGAGGAGCAAUAAAAAAAUUAGAAGGGUUCAUAAGUUUAAUACAAAGUUGGAUUCCUUUUUCAGAAAAUAAAUAAUAUUCUUUAUACAAUAAUGAAAAGUUAUAAAUGUAUCCAAUGUACUUUAAAAAUA